CGACUCUCUCUCCCCCCAAAAAAAUCGACAAUGGUGAAAUCAGUAGUCGGCGAAGAAUCGCAGCUCAAAUCCCUAGAAAAUCGCCUAUUUCAAUCCUCAGUCCCCUCUCAAGUUGGCAUUAUCAUCGGCAAGCUAAGCCCUAAUUCUGAUCGAGGUUUUGUGUACGAUCUGAUCCCAACUCCUCUCACCGACGGUGGAUCUCCCGCUUGCGCUCUCAAAUCUGAACCUGCUACCAGAGAGGAGAAGAAGAAGGGAACCAGAGGCGGGAAAUCUUCGAAUGAGUCGCCGCCUUCGAUCGAAAUUGACAGCGAUUGGGUCGCUGAGCACGCUAGACAAGUUUCGAGAAUGCUGAUGGGUGGCAUGCAUGUGAUUGGUGUUUAUUUGUGGGCACCAGAGUCUUCGUUUAAGGCUACUUCGCCUUCAAUCAUAUCUCAGACAGUUAGAGCAGUCGCACGAGCUGCACCUUGGUACAAUGAUGAAAUUGAUGAAAGGCUGUUAAUUCAUAUCUCUUAUAGCCCAAGCAGGUGGAUUUGUCGAAAUGUCAUGGUGGGAUCCGGCAAUAUGCGACCUUGCGAUUUCAAAAUGGGCAAGCUGUUGGCUUCUCUUCAAAUUUAUAGAUGCAUGUACAAUUUUGACAUAAGAUUACCCGUUUUUAAAGAUGGAGCAUCAGAUUCCGGUACAUUCAAGAAUGUCCUUCGCUGUGGAAUUGCUCGUCAUGCCAAAGAGCUUGAAAGUGCCAAAGCCUUGGUAGAUGGGAAGUUGGUGGCAGAAGACCAACACAUAACUUCAGAGGGCACACAUAAUGUUGAAUUGCUUUUGCCAUUUGUGAGUGAUGCAUAUACUGGAGCAUCCAGUUCAAAUGAAGUUGCUGGGCUGGUUGUCUUCACCGGUUCUAUAUGUGCUUCAGCAUAUUUGGGUCCAAAAGAAUCUGCAUCACAAGCGAUAUGUGAUUUAAAGGGAGAUAUAGUGUCAAGUAUGCGAAGUAGACUUGAUAUCAUAUGUGAUGAUGCAGAGGAUAAAGUAACUAUGGCUAGUGAUCAUGUAGGCGAGUCAACUGGUGACACAUUAGCUGGGAAGGCCAUCCAUCAACUUAAUCUACAGGAGUUGAGGAAACCUUAUUGCCUCACAUUUCCUAGAAGAGUUUUUGUUCCUUGGCAGUCCGGCAUCUUCAUCUGUGAUUACCUGCAACCAAUGGAGACUUUUGAGGAUCUAAAGGACCGGUGUAAAGAGAUGAUGGCCAUGGAAUCUCCAAUCGAAAACUCUGAAAUAUUAGAACCAGAAACCGAAGCUCCCUCUAUAAUGGCAAAAUCUUUCUGGGACAUAAUCCAUGAAGAUCCAACAAGUGCUGUAAUAGAAUCCAAGAACACGACGAAAUCUACUGAAAGAGAUUAUGGUGGAAAACCAAAAAGCUCGGGUUUCAAUCUUGUGACUGCUAUUUUCAUUCUUGUGCUUGCGCUCUUGUUGGGAUAUGCGACUAUAGACUUUAAACCGGUGAAACCAGCUCAUUAAAUACUGGCUCCAAUUUCCCUCCUUUUGUACUGGUACUCUUGUAUGUACAUGAAUAUCAUCUUGGAGAUUACCUCCAAUACAGGCGAUCAACUUGAUUGGCUAUAAAUUUGUGUAGAAUGAAUUUUGUGGUGUUUAUGCUGUAACUUGUCUUACAAACUCGUAAGUGGUCGGGUUGCUAUUUGCUUUUUUCUAUAAUUCCUCCUAUAUUACAAUUUUGUUUAUAAGUGAGGUAUAUCAAUAUAAUUAUCGAUAUAAAUUCCUCUUUUCA